AAAGGCUUGAUCUCUAUGGUAGACACAGUGUACUGAGGAAGUCUGAAUAAUGGCACAGUGCAGGAUUAUUUCUUACCACUUAAUCUUUCUCCUAAUUUUGUCCACAACAGAAUGCAUGACAGAAGGGUGUAACAAAUCAAACACUGUUGCAGUGCUAAAUUCAGAAGUUACACUUGCAUGCCCUUCAUCACAAACAUCUGAAGUAAUUUGGGAAAUUCUUCAAGGUGGAAGCAAAGAAAGAAUUGUAACCAACUGCUCAUCAUCCUGCACCACAGAAGGCAAUAACAAUGGAGCACAGCAACGUCUGUGUGUAAUGAGAACAGGGCAGGAUUCACAAAAAGGGAUUGGAUCACUGACCAUAAGACCUGUGGAAAGGGGAGAUGGAGUUUGGUAUCGAUGUACAGUGCAGGGCGGAACUAAUUCAUCUUGUUCUGAAGUAAAAGUUGUUGUCAAAGAUGAGCCUCAACUUGGUUCUAUUAAAGAAUGCGGAUCCACUGAACGAUAUGAAGCACUGCUGAACUCAACAUAUUCACUUCAGUGCCCUCUGGCCAAUUCGCAUUUUGGUAACCUACAGUUAAUCUGGGGGACUGUUGAAGGACAUCAGACUGUUCCUAUAACACGCUGCCCCGCAUAUUGUACCUCCAGUGUGCCCGGGAGACCACUAUGUGACAGAACAAAUACAACGGACAAUGGGAAAAAGUUAAUCAUCAGUCCUGUGGAAUCCACAGAUUCCAAGUGGUUCUGGUGUGCCCUUUCCAAUUCCACACCAUGUUAUCAAUUUAGGCUUAUUGUCAAAGAUACUGCUUCUCCUAAUCAGAUACAUAAAGAUGAAGGUGCAACACAAAGCUCAAUCAAAACAGAUGCUAGCAGUGAUCGAGUAGUCAGUUCUCAUACUACAGUGAUAAUGAUAAGCUCAGCAAUGUGUGUUUUCCUCAUUGUGGCCACACUCGGUGGAGUAUACGUCUGUUUCAAAAUGAAAAGUGCAAAUACAGCUGAACCUGAGAAUCCUUAUGAAGAUUUUAAAGACAUUCUUCACAAUGACACUUUGCAGUAUACUUUUAUAAGGAACGUGCCUGAAACAACCUACACCUUUAAGGGCAAAUGAGAAGAACCAUUCAGACAACUCAAAUAUCCUAUUCUAUUCUUUAAACAUGAUCAUGUCUGUUCAAAAUUUAGUUGUGCCACUAAUGUCAUUUCACUGCUAUAUGUAAAAAAUAUAUACCAACCAGAUUACAUGUACAUUAUCCAAAUAAAAUGUUAUUGUUGAUUUUACAUGUAAAUAUUGGUGUUGUGAUUUUAUACUGGAUUUUCAACCUAGUGGUUAGCACUGUCACCUCACACCUCCAAGGCUUUGAGGUUUGAAUCUCUGGUUCUUUGUGCAUAAAAUUUGCAUGUUCUCUCUGUGCUUAAUGGAUUUCCCCUGAGUACUUUUAAUCUUUAUGGUAUUUUUUUAUUAUUAAAAUGUAUUAUAAAAACAAAACUUGCAUUUCAACAAGAAAAUGACCCAAAGCAUACUGCCAUUAAAAACACACAUGAGUGGCUUCAGAACAACUCUGUGUACAGUAAGUCCUGGAGUCCAGACCUGAACCCAAUAGAGCAUCUCAUCCCAAUAGCUGUGAACAUCCACCCUGGUUGAGCUUGAAUGAUUUUGUAAAAAAAAAAAAAAAAACAUGGAAGAAACUUUCAAAAGAAAGUUUUGCCAAGCAUGUAGCAUUAUUUUCAAGCACACUUUUGGCAGACAUUUCUGCAAAAGGUGCUUUAACCAAGGACUGAGUGCCGAAUGAUUGCAACUUGCUCCUGGCAGGUUUCCCUUUCCAUGCUGGUCUUAGAAAAGCAGUUGCUCAAUCUGCAAAGGGUUAUUAAACCAUUUCCAAACAAUUUUGAGAUCAACAUUCUAUAGUGACAACAGUUUCUCACAAAUGGAAAGCAUUAAAGUUGUCAAUCUUACUUGGAGUGGAGUGGUUUCUCAGAAGUUGCUGAGUAACUCAAUAGUUAGGAUAUAAUCACAAUUUGAUGCUGAAGAGAAGAAGUUCAUAUCAGCACAAGGCUUAUGAUCAAAAUUGUACUUUGCAGUUAAAUAUAGUGUACAU